AUGACCGGAUGUACAUGGAAUGUGCAGCAGGAAAUGCUAAACGCAUUAGCUAACCAUUCAUAUCGAGGUCUCCACUCCCACCGGCACACGAAUUGUCUAAUUCUGGAAUCAUCAUCAGCCAAAAUGAGUGCUGCUCCCAACCACAGACGGACCAAGCCUGGUGGCGUGAAGACAGGCUACCCAGGCCAAGCUCCCUCCAACGGGGUUACGGGACCCACUUCCCAGAUCCCCGGGCUGUGCCAGGAAGCCACUGAGGGUGCUCUUGAGGCCAGGACCAGCGGAAGGCGUGUGGGAAUAUUUGACUCCGACUCUGACUAUGUCAAACUUGCCAAAGGAGGGGGACAGAAGGGUUUACUGUGGCACGAGGACAACAAGGAGGAUGCUAGGCCUAAUAAAUCCUACAACUCACCUGAUCUGUCCUCAGCUGAAUCUCAGCGCGGAAGUAAAGCAGCAUCCCCUGAUGAUUGUCAAGGAUACGGCAAAAGGCAACCUCUAGCUGCUCCCUUCGGUACUGAUGAUAUUUCAGCCUGGGAAAGGGAGAGUGAUAGCUAUAACGAGAAGAACCCCACCGUCACUGAUGCGUCCAGCCAGAUGGAGAACAUGUCUCUAAACCAAGGUGGUUAUAUGGAGGUCAACAAAUACAAGAAGACUCAAAGUGAUUUUACUAUGGACAGGUCCCAUGAGAAGAAAACUGCUCCUGUGAGCAUGUCCAAGCUGCUGAGCUUUGGUUACAUAGAGGAUGAGAAGAAGUCCACCAAUGAGGAUGACUCCUCAAGUGUGACCUCUGAACAGACGAGCACCAUCGCACCUGAGGAUGAAGACCUGGAAUAGGGAGGAGAACAGAAGAGGUCCAUCUGGGGUAGAAAACAACAGUGGAUACACACACUCACACCUGCCAUUCACUCUACUGUAUGUCCCCCCU